AGCAUUUUUCUGAAUAGAAGUUGUCGGCGCCGAUUUUGGAAACCCUAGCUCAUCUCCUCCGCCGGAAACGGCGUCUUCUACUCUAAAUCGCCGCCGAUCGGACACUACUACACCUUAUCGACUCCUUACCAAGACUAAUCUCCAGAUUUGCAACUACAAUACCACCAAAACAACCCCAAACCCUACAAAAUCGACACUGAAAAAAACCGACGGAAAUUUCUUCGCCGCCUGCUAAACGACGCCUCCGUCGUCGGUUCAACGAAGACGACGGAGAGUUGCGGUAGACCACAGCAAGAAUCCUUCUCUUAAGCUACUAAAUCAGAUCAAAAUCGGUUUCUAUUACAGAAUCGGAGAAGGAGUGGAUGACUUUCGAUGAUUCAAAGAAUAGAUCGAAAGUGAAAGACAAUGAAAUAUGCAAGAAGGAGAAGGAUCAAAGGAUAUAGCAGCCAGUUCAGCAAGAAAAUCAGAGGAAAUGAUCCCAAUAGAUUGCAAAUAGAAGUGGCAAAAAAGGCAAAUCAAUGAACACAAAUUCUAAAAUGAGUUGCAGGAACUUCGUGAUCCAGAAUAUGAAUGAGAGAUGGCACUCAAGAUUUCACAGAUGAGGUGCAUCACAGCAAUGACAAAUACAGGUGACUUGUUGAGUUAAAAAAAAAACCAACCUUAAAAAUAUAAUAGCCGCCUCUCACUCUCAACUCUUCAGAAAAAGGAAAGAGAAGGAAAAGAAAAGCGGCCUCUCUCUCUUCACUCUACAAUCAUUAUAGAGAGAAGAUAACAUUGCAAGCAUGGGCGGCUACAAUCAAGACAAAGCAACCGAAAUUAGGAUGGAAGAGCGUUGCUCUGUCAAUAGCCCACGACAGAUUCUGAGCUUCUCCAAGACCCGGGCGGCCAACGUCUCCUUCUCCGACGCCGAUCACCGCUCCCAGACCGAAUUAGGCGAAUUAGGCAUCUCCGGCGAGCACGGCCCCAAACUCUCUGAGGUUUAUGGAUUCGUCGGAUCCAUCACCACUGUUGUUUUUACAGUCAUAUUCAUCGUGUGGGCGUAUGUUCCUGACCAUUGGUUGCAUUCUAUUGGGAUCUAUUACUAUCCAAGCAGGUAUUGGGCUUUGGCGGUGCCAACUUACGUGAUGGUGACGAUUGUGCUGGCCGUCACAUUUUAUAUUGGCAUGAAUUUUAUGUUAACUCCUCCUCCUACCUCCUUAAAUAUAAUGUUUGAUGAAUUUAGUAGGGAAAUGCUGAGCAGUGUCCCUUUAGUAGAUGAUGACGAGCAGCCAAUUGAGCCUAUAUCUGACAUAGGCAUUAACAAAAUUAACAAAAUCAUGUUCGAAAGCUUCAAAUGAAGGUGUUUGAUUUGAGUAGAUCAUUCUGCAUGUAUCUAAAGUUAGAUUGUAGGACUUUCUCAUUUUUCCAGUUACCUCGUAGAGUUUAUGAAACAAAAUUAGACCAAGUGAUUUGUGGUGAAUGCUAUUAAAGCUAUCUCUAUGUCUUUACCAUGUACUUAUAAUUUAAUUGGGUUGAAUUAUGGAGCUGAAGGUCAGUUUCCAGCCUGCCCUCAAAUUUGAUGAUAACUUGUUGCUGCCUUGGCCUCGAAUAAUCAGCUUUGAGAAUUUUCAUUAUAACAAAUGAGAAAGUUUAUAUA